AUGCCGAUGAGCUUUUCUGUUGGCAUGCUUUCGCCCAAACCCGUCCAAGAUCUGAAAGAUGGCAGAAUCGGAAUGGCAUUGGUACCUUCAUUCGCUUCAAGCAAUCCCCGACAUCCCAAGGGAAAGGGUAAAGAGCGCGAAAAAAUCACAAGCGAAGUGUACGAUGUAUUUGUUAACCAUUGUAGAAUCGAUGUCAAUGACGUGAUCCGGAGUGGCAUUUAUAAUAGACUUAAUGCAUUGGGACUCCGAGUUUUUCUUGACGUAGAAGAAAUGAAACUCGCUGAUAGUUUUCCAACAUCAGUACAAGAGGUUAUGCGUAAAGUUUCUCUUCAUAUUCCUAUUAUAUCAAAAAAUUAUCUACAGUCUCCCUGGUGCCUCGCCGAGCUGGCCUUCAUGCUCAAAACUGGCAGCAAAAUUCUUCCUGUUUUCUAUGAUAUUGAACCUAAUAGUCUUGGCAGCGUUACAUAUGCUUUCUCGCAUAAAAAAAAAGGAGAAUACUCCUCUCGAAAGCUUCAGGAAUGGCAAAAGGCACUCCACAAAGUUUCAUUACUUUCUGGUCCCAGAUUCAAGACAUCGGAGAAUGAUUCGCAAAGCAUGCCAAAGAGUAUUGAACAUUGCGUAUCGAGAGUGAUGAGGAAGCCAGUAUCAGACGUAGUCGAGCACCCUGUGGGACUCGCUGCGUUAGUAGCAGACUUUGAAAAGCAUAUACAUCACAAGAAAGUGAAUAUUGUAGGGAUUGUGGGUAUGGGGGGCUGUGGGAAAACAACUCUCGCGAGAGAAAUCUUCAAUAGGAAAAGCUCGUGUUUGCUUGGGUCCAGUUUUCUUCACGGUGUGAGAAAAGCGGCACAAGAAAGUGGCCUCGAUGUGUUGAAGAAACAGAUGUUGGAGGACCUGCUUGGUCUUGAUGAUGUUUCAAGCUUCGAGGAUACAAGUGAAAGCGAGAGAAGUGUGGCGCAUCAGCUUAAAAAUCGUCGUGUGCUAAUCGUUUUGGAUGGCAUAGAUGAUGUGCGCCAACUAGAGGCUCUGCUACCUCAAAAGAAUAAACUCGGGUCGGGAAGCCUAAUUAUAGUCACAACGCGGAACGUGGGCAUUCUUAAAAGCUAUGGUAUUUCCUCCAUUUAUACGAUGAAAGCACUAGAUUCCUCAGAUGCCAAACAGCUUUUCUGUUGGAAUGCUUUCUCCCAACCCCAUCCAACGGAAGGAUUUGAAGAUCUAGUGGAGAAGUUGUCUAGUGCAAAUGGUGGUCAUCCUCUAUCUCUACAAGUGCUGGGUGAAUCACUUCGUGGGAAGCCCAAAGAUGUCUGGAACUCUCGCUUCGAUAUGAUUAGGGACACUCUGCUCAAGGAUGCGAUGCCAAUUCCAAGGAUUCUAGUGGCUAAAGCUGAUUCCUUGAAAAGAGAACAUAGCAACCUCACAAGUGACCUGGUGUGGCUUCGUUGGCAGGAUUGUACAUAUCCAAGCAUUCCUGAGUGGGUGUCGCUUGAAAAUAUGAGAAUUUUGGAAAUUAAUGGGGUCUUUGAUAAACUAUGGAGUAGUCACGUAAAGCAACCUACGCAGUUAAGAGAACUGACUGUUUUAGGAGGCAUCCGAAAGUUUCCAAAAGCCAUAGGCAAGUUAGAACAGCUACAAAAGAUCGUCGUCGACGGAUAUCUGAACACCAGCCUGGAGGAUUUACCAGAAGAGUUUUGCAUUCUGAAAUCGUUGGAAUAUCUUACACUACGGUGGUGUAGGGCACUGACAUCACUGCCAACAAAUUUCGGGAAAUUGGUGAAUUUGAAACAUUUAGAUCUUGCUUUCAACAGCGCGUUGAAGUUCAUACCUAAUUCUUUUAACCAAUUGAUCAAUCUAGAGUAUUUAGAUCUUGAAAGUUGCAGCAAUCUUGUAUUUCUACCUCAAUUUUUGGGGAAAAUCAACAAUCUUCAAUGUCUGAGUUUUAAAGAUUGUAGAAAAUUGAAAGUCUUGCCCUCUCAUGUUCCAUGUCAGCUGUCUUUAAAGAGCUUAAAUUUGGCUGGAACGAGCCUUGAAGAAAUACCCAGCGAAAUAGGGAGAUUGAUAAAUUUGAAAGUCCUCGACUUAGGAAGCCUUUAUUUGACAUCCUUGCCCGAUUCCAUUUGUAAUUUGAGUAAUCUGGAGACGCUGAAUCUUGAAGGUUGCUCGAGCCUCGCAAAGACACCAGACAUUUUGAGACAAAUGACUAACUUGAAUGUUCAAGGAACAUAUUCCAUAAAGCUCACAGGAUUGCCUGAAGACCCGACACAACUGGCUAAGUCAGAAAUAGAAAUAGAACGCGCUUAA